UUCCCACAACACCGAACUCGUUCAGAUACGUUCUGAUAAAUCCAACCGAAGGGGCUGCUAAACUGUGUGUACACGGAUUGUGCGUUGUUGCAACCUUGUACGAUCUGUCUACGAAAUGGACGGCCGCUCGGACAGGUUGGAUCGGAAUGGUGCUCCGGAACUUUGAGCCUGCUCAACUUCUUCGAGCAACCACGUCCUGCAAUUAGACGGAGUGGCAACGUACAAAAACGAGGACGUACUGUACUACGAAGUGAACUGUCGUACUUGGAUCAUACUGGACGUCCUAAACAUGGCACAGUUGAUCGUCUUUUAGAUGUUUGUGUGCACAGACCAGAACUCAUUACCAGAGUAUGUAAAUUACCUUAGGGUGACAUGAAGACAUUUUUUCGGCCAAAGUUCCAGCCAUACUAAAACCCGUAUCAUAAUUAUGUUUUAGGACGGGCUCGGACGUUUUGAGACAUGGCUUGAUGCGGCCCAGCCUUUACAAAAAGAAAUAACACAAUCCAGCUUCAAUACCCUAUAUUGGUGGUUUAGGAAUAACGUAUGUGUGCAGUGUUUCUAGUGAGGUUCUUUGCCUUUUAGCAUGGAUAAGACUGGAGAACAAGACGGUGGUUGGCCUGGAAGGAUAGCGGUCGUAUCGGUCUGGACCAAGGGUUUCAUUUGGGUUGCUAUUUUGAAAGGACUUGGAAUACUUCUGCCUACAUUUCAAGAGGAAUUUCUGGUACAAACUUGGAUUCUUGGAUGGAUGAGCUCCUUGCUUCUGGCUACAAUUGGACUCAUUGGACCAUUUGCUGGGUUAGCUGGCCGACAUUUCGGCAGUGGUGUCGUCAUUAUGAUAAGCGGUUCUCUGAUCGGUGGUUCAUUCAUUGCUGGAUCUCUUUGUACAAAUGCUUUUCAAUUAGCCGUCUGUCUCAUGGUUAUGGCAGGUACCGGGUUUGGAUUGGCUGGUGUGCUGGUACGUGAUGCUCUUGGGCGUUGCUUCUCUAAAAACUACGCAACAGCCGUCGGUUUAGCAAGAACAGGGAACUCAAUUGGAAUGCUGACAUUACCGCCCUUCAUCCAGCUGCUCCUUGUAACGUACGGUUGGAGGGGUACAAUGAUGAUUAUUGGAGCAAUCUCAUUGCAUCUUGCCGUGUGUGGCGCCCUCAUGGUUACUGUCGGUAAAAAUAUUUGUCAACUGAACGGCUACAAGAGACUUCAUCCUGAAAAUCAUGCCGACCAAUUAGAAUCCAAGACAAGUUUUCUGUCACAAUGCGCCACAAUGGUGAAAACCACAGCGAAGAAUCUUGAUAUGAAAAUUUUGAGUAAUUGGCGUUACUGGGCAGUCGGUGUAAUACUUAUUAUUAAUAAGUUCGCAUUUGACAUGUGGGUCAUUUAUUUUGUCUCACAAAUCCAAUCAAAGGGUUUCACAAUAGAAGAUGCAACAUUUUUUGUAACUGUGGCAGGUGUUGGCGACUUAAUAAUUAAGAUCCUUCAGGGUGUAUGUGUUGAUCGUGGUAUCAUAUCUCACUGGCUUCUUAUGACAUCGGCUAUCAUCGUGGGAUCCGUAACCUACUGCGCAACUCCUUGGUUGAAUUCUUAUUGGACGUUGAUGUCAGCUGCGUUCUUGACAUUGGUCAGUGAUGGGUUACUGGCGUGUUUGACUGAUGUAGUGACUAAACAAGUACUUGGUGUGGAGUUACUGGCAGGGGCUUAUGGAUGGCUUGGACUGAAGACAGCCAUGCUCAGAAUCUCAAUGGGUUUUAUUCCUGGUUUGAUUUACGACAUCAGCGGAAGUUACGACGCAUCCUUCAUUUUCUUAGGAUUACUUCGAGCCUUCCCGCUGUUACCACUGACCCUUCUAAGAUAUUUCCACAAUAAAAAUGAAACAAAUCAAUGAUAACAAUUAGUGUCAUCUUAUACGGUGCACUUAUUCGUUAGGGAGGUUUAGCUGCACGUUCCGCGUGAACGUAAACGUGAUCAACGUCAGAAAAUAAUGUCGUUAAAACUCACUCAAAUAAAUCUAUUUAAAAAAAAAAAAAAAAAAUG